UUUUUUUUUUUUCCUGUUUUUCCUUAAUGAUAAUAUAUUUUAUAAUAAAUAAACUAGGAACAGUCAUCUAUCAAUCAAACCACAACACUAAUAAUGUAGUUCACAAUGAAAGUCAUAAAAUUCGUUAUCUUCCAUUACUUGUCAUUAAAGACUUGUUCAAAGCUAAUCUUAAUGAUGUAGUUCAAUAUAUUAAAGUUGAUACCAAUCAGCUUAUUAAAGCUUCAUUUAAAGAUGAUGCAUAAUUUCAUUAAAUUUCAUCAUGGCCCUCACUGGUCAUUUCAAGAUGGCACACGCAACAAACCCACACCACUUGACUUGUAUUCCUGUUUAUCACAACUUCCUUUCAUUAGCGAAAGAUUAUCAAUUUACAGUUGUGACGUAUUAUGUUCAAGUGAACAAGUACAAGUGAGCGAUGAUUUAAGGUCUCGGUUAAUAGAAAACAUGAUACAUUGUUGUAACUCUGCCUUUCAGGCUAUAUCAAAAAAGCAAAAGAUACCUUUCGAUUUAUACCAUUCAACUACAGAGCCUAAUAAUAAUUGGCAUUUUUGUUAUUUAUUUGCAAGAGAAAAAAUAGUUGCACAAUGUCGUAACAGCGAUCAUCAAGAGUUGUUAUCAGAUGAAUAUAUCUAUUUCUUGAAAUUAUCAGUAUCUCGUUUUUUACAAGAAUCAACUCAAUAACACACGAUUUACCUUCACCUUCUUCAUCCACCACAAAUAGUUCAAGUCAACCUUCUUCUUUUGCAUAUAUUUACGAUGCGAAUUCAACUUCAAUACCAUUUAA